CGCGUGUACGUUCACCGUACGUUUCAGACUGUUCCUGCGCAGCGAAAAUCCCGGCCUAGACAAUGGAGUUUGAGAGAGUGCUCAAGGAAAUCGGGGGCUUCGGCUUCUUCAACAAGACCGUCAUGUUGGCCACCCUGGUGCUCGGGACCUGGCACACGUCCAUGUGUUAUUUCGGCCACAUAUUCGUGCUACUCACAGCUCCGAGCCAGUGGUGCCUCCUCAACGAAUCCGCCAUCGCCACGACGGACUGGACUACGUUGCCCAGAGGAAAGUGCCAGCUGCUUGUUCCAGCGGCAAGUGGCAGCAACGCUACCGUAGUUGCCAAGGAAGGCGGUUCGUGUCCCACCGGGUGGCAGUACGAUGAGAGCGAAUUCUUCACGAGCGUCCCUAUGGAGAAUCAAUGGGUUUGCAGCGAGAGUUGGAAGGUAUAUGUGGUGCACGGAGCCUUCUGGGCAGGCUCGAUAACUGGCUACCUUGUCUCUGGGUUCCUCGCUGACAGGUAA